AUGUCAAACACAGCCCCACAGCCAACUAAGACUGGUCUUCAAGAUUUCAAUGUCGCUUCGUCUAUCGAAUCCGCAUCCUCACCUUACCAACUCUAUUACAUCCGUUUCUAUUCUCCAACCACAAGUUCUCGUAGCCCAUCAUCCUACGCUCGUGAAUGGGGCAAUGGUCCAGUCGACGCAUCUACUACAAUCUACAUCGGAUGUGCACCUGGUACUGCCGGUAGAGUUGAGGGAAAACCAUAUAGAAAAACAAAUAUUGCGGCGGAGAAAGGAGUAAGACAGGUAGAGAGAGCAGAUGUAUAUUGGUUAGGAAAAAUCAAUAAUGUAGAUAAGGUGGUGGCAAUCAUGGGAAGGGUGAGCUGGAAUGACGGCACGAAUAUUGGUAAGGCGCAAAAGCUAUGGUGUGAGAGGGUUGCUUUAUGGAUCAAUUGGGAUUGGACGUGGGUUGUUGCUGGAUGGGUUACGUUGCCAAAGGAUGAGGAGUUGGCUAGGAGGGGCUGGACUUUGGGAAACUGA